AUGUGUGGGCUAUGGCCCCAGGCCAAUGUACCCAUGCAGAAGAGCAGCCUAUUGUUUGACUUAUCAGCCUUGGAGUCCUUGCAGGGGGUGAACAGUAGGCCUGGCUCAGAUCGACUUACGCUGGAGCACAUAGUGGACGGACUGCAGAGUGUGGUGGAGGUGCGGGGGGGUGGCCACACCAGUGUGGGCAGCACUCAGCCCGGACAACUCGUGCUUACCACACAGCAGUUGCAACAGCUUCAACAACUGCAAAAUGUGGAUCCAUCGGCAUCUUUUACGCUUACUCUUCAGGCACCACACACGACUCUGAGUUCAGGCCCUAUUGCUAGUGCUUCAGCAUCAAUAGUUACAUCAGUUUCAAGUCCUUCUAUCCUGGGCCAACAACAUGGAUAUACCUAUUCCACCGCUGGUCUCCGACUUGGCAAUUCAACCGUACCACUUACAACCACCCUUGCAGGAUCCUUACCGGCUGCUUUUGCAGGGUCAUUGCCUCCAGGUCUUCAGGGACUUGCUUCUUCCCUUGCCUCGGGUCUCUCUCUCCAGGCUCUCCCCUUGGCACAGCAGCAAAGUCAGACUCUUAUCCAAGGUCAAAACACUGGCCUGACUACAGUACAAAGUCAUGGCCAGAGUCCUAGUCCAAGUUCAGGUCAUGCUGCCGCAGUGCCUGGCCCUGCCACUGGUCCCACUGCCUCUACUCCUGGACAAAGUCAGGCAGCAACGCAGGGUCAGACUCUCUCUAACCAAGGAGGACUUAUUACUCUUGGUCCCCACAAUAUUCAAGUUGGAUCAAGUGGAAUUGUUGUUGGAGGGUCAGGUUUACCUGUAGGAACCCACAUAUCUCAAAGUGCUCCUUCAUCCAUCUCCUCUCCGGGAUCCCCAUUUUCAUUGCCUACAAGGUCACCAGCCCCUCCCCAUGCACCCCCAACACCCUCUCCGAGCCCAGGAGUUCUAUUACGCUCUCCAGCUACUCCUCUUUUGCCCCCUUCAUGUUCAUCACCAGCUCCAUCACCUUACCAGAAUCCACGACAGAGUCCUCAGUAUCAAGGAAAUUUUCAACCAACUUCAGGCAAUGUCAAUAAUGGUGCCAUAUCCGUAGGAAUUCCUAUUCGCUCCCCAGCUCCACCCUCCCUAACCCCAGUUCCUUCACCAUCACCACAAAACCGAACUGCCCCCUCUCCAUCAUCUGCUACACAACAACACACAGCUGUUAUUCAUCAGGCUGUUUCAUCGCAGGUAUCUGCCCUGGGACAGACAGUUCUUCCAAUGGUUGCUCAAAGCCCUGCCCAACAGCUGGUCCAAAUAAUUCAACAGCAACAGCAAUCUGCUCUUGCAAGUGGAGCAAAUACAAUUGCAACAUUUUCAGCCGGCCGCACCACCCAAAUCAUAUCUAAUCAAGCAAGCAAUAUGAUGACGGUUCCAAUUCAGGCAGCUCUGAAGGCUACAAAACAGCAUCCUCAGAUACUACCGAAACCCCCUGCUAACCCUGGCUCUGCUGGAACAAAUAACAACAAAAACCGAGUAACAGCUACUAGUACAUCUAAUGUGACGGCAAGCCAUUUGCAACAGACCCCUACCCAACUUGUCAUUGGUCAAAGUAAUCAGACUGCCACCGCUGGUGCCUUUUUAUUGAAUUCUAUGAUGGGUGGGCUGACAUCUGGUACCCCAAUGAUAGUUCAGCAACAAAGCAGUGGUAUGCAGUUGAUUCUCAGACCGCAGGGACCUACAGGAGGUCAAGCACAGGUUCAGGCUACUCAGCACACCACUCAAACUCAAGUUCAGCAAAGUAAAUCCGUUGUUCUUGGUAAUGGUAGCGGACUAGGGGCUCCUGGCACUGUUUACAUAGCACAUCAUCCAGCACAGACAAACCGCCAAGCCCCAAUGUUCAGGAUUAUCACUACACCUGGACCACCAAUGCUUCAACAAAUUCAGAGUGGUCCAACACUUAUUCUUCCUCAAGGUCUGGGAUCUCUGAGUUUUCCCAUGACUCAUUUAUCUACUGGGUCCCCUCAGCAAGCCACUCAUCAAAGUCAUCAAAUUAUAGCCCAGCCAUCGUUCACUCAACAAACUCAAACAAUUCAACAAAAAGUAGUGAGCCUACCAUCACAUGUUCCUGUGUCCUUAGCAAGUCUUCAACAGCAACAAAACAUAUCAACCUCACUGGCAAGUCAGUUGCCAGCAUCUAUUGCUAGUCAAAUUGGGACAUUGCCAGUAAAUGUGGCUGUAUCCCAGCAUCAACAGUUAUCAACCCUUCAGGCUCCUGUAUCAGUGUCACAAGCCAACCUUCACAUUCCAGUGUCAAUGGCAAGUUUGGUGACUCAAGCGCAUCUACAUAAUCAGGAAAAGUUGGUCAGCCAAUUAGCAUCAAAUGUUUUGGAUUGUGGGAAUGGAUUUGGAGGCUUGACUACUUCACAAAUUCGCUUGUGUAGUCCUGUUAGUAGUGCUAACAGUGUAAGCUCUAGCUGGCAGAAUAUCAUAAGUUCUCCGCCUCCAAUUCAGGAACAUCACUUAUCGUCAUCAGCACCUAUUGUGUCCACUCAGCAGACAGUCCAUACCCAGCAGACUGUGCUGCAUCAGACACAAUCUCAAACUCAGAUUCAGCAACAACAGAUUCAACCAUCUCAGCACCAACCAAUUCAAAUUCAACCACCACCAGUUCCACCUCCUCCCAAACCAAAAAAGAAAAAGAGCAAGAAAAAGAAAAAGGAUGAAGAGCCUAAGCUGGACUUGGCAAAUAUUAUGAAGCUUUCUGGUAUUGGAGAUGAGGAUGACAUUGGUCCUUAUGAAACUGAAGAUCCUUCAGUUAUGGGUAGUAUUGGAGCAGGCUUAGAAACUCAGGCAGUUGCAACCCAAGCUACACCUACUACAAUGGCACCUGCAGGGCUGGUACCUGCUCCUUCUCCUCCAGCAGAACCACUUAAUUUACAGGGUCUCAAAAUGGUUGUGAAUGAAGAUGGACAAAUUAGUUUACUUCAGAAGUUGAAUGACGGCACUACAGCACCUAUCACUGCCCAGUCACUUACUUCAGCCAAUGCUCAACUUUUGCUGCAAGGGCUCGCUGCUCAAGCUGCACUGCCAGGGGGGCAAUAUGCAUCCCAAAUUGCUGCAGCUGCUCACAGUCAGCUUACUCAACUACUUGUUAACAAGCAGAGCACAGCUAGUCCAUCUUCUCAGGUAAAUACUACCCCACUAUUAUCAUCCGUGGGUAAGCUGGCCAAUGUGAAUUCCAGCACAAGUCAGUCAUCACAAGUGGCCGCAACUGUAACUAAUGUCAACCGGCUGAUAGCAAAUAGCAAUCCUGCUGUUAGUAGCAUGACUGCUCCAGUUAAUUCUGUUUUGCCUCAAACAAUCAAGAAUCAAACUACAGUACUACCAAAUACUGUAACUGGUAUUCAACAACAACCUGCUGUCCCUAUGCUGUCACAACCAACAGCAUUGCCCUCUCAGCCGUCUGCACCAGCAGCGUUUGUGACAGUUCAGCCCACAGUGCCAUCUCCAGUAACUCUUCCCACAAACCCCACCCCUCAAUCUUCUACUCAACCCACUCUCUCUUCCAUUGCCACUGAACAACUUCCUCAGCCGUCAUCUUCAGUUCCUAAUACUACUUUGACAUCGACUAUCAAUUCCACCAAGUCUCCUUCUACCUCUGGGAUCAGUCCAGCAUUGGAGCAAGCCUUUAUGCAGUAUCUUCAGAAUGCUGGAUUGAACACAGAAUCCAUUAUCAUUAGUACACAAAAUGGCGUUCCUACUGUAGUUGGUGGAGCACAGCUUCUUCAGCUUCUUCAACAAGCUCAGGCUCAAGCUCAGAUCCACGAACAAUUGCAACUCCAACAACAGCAACAACAACAGCAGCAGCAGCAGCAGCAGCAGCAAUUGCAGCAACUCCAACAACAGCAGCUACAACAACAACUGCAGCAGCAACUACAGCAGCAGUUCCAGCAACCACAGAUCCAAGUGCAACAACAGCUAUCUUCAUUGCAACUGCAACAGCUAGUGUCGCAGUCACAGUCUCAACCACAACCACAGCUUCUACCUCAAACCCAGUUACAACCUCAACCUCCUCCUCCCCAGCCUCAGCCCCAACCUCAACCUCAAUCUCAACUCCAACAACAACUCCAACUCCAACUCCAAUCCCAACCCCAACUCCAACUCCAAUCUCAACCCCAAAUCCAACCCCAAAUCCAACCCCAAAUCCAACCCCAACUCCAACAACCCCAACAACCCCAACAACCCCAACAACUCCAAUCUCAACCCCAAAUCCAACCCCAAAUCCAACCCCAAAUCCAACCCCAACCCCAACAACCCCAACAACCCCAACAACCCCAACCUCAACUCCAACAACCCCAACAACCCCAACCCUCUCAGCCUCAACCUAAACCUCAGCCCCAACCUUCCUCCCAGCAGCAAGUUUCCCAAGUUUUGCAGCAGCCCUCAAUUCAUAUUCAGUUGCCACAAGCUCUGCCACAAAAAGUUACUUCAGUGCAGCAAUGGGACACAACUAAAAUUGUUGAAUCAAGCGACCUUUCAUCAUUGGCUGCUCUUCAGCAGUCAGGAAAAGUUGGAGUUGUUGGGAGUUCAAAUGCAGGCAUUGGAACUCCAACAUCCUCCAGCACUAUUGGAAUUGGGACAGUUUCUGAUUCAAUAUUGGCCAAAGGGACCAGCAAUACAAAGACUGUUUCUCCGGGACUACCUGUAAGAAGAAAUUCUUCAGAGCCCACUGCCAGUCCUCGAGUUCAAGUACCUCCUUUCCAGUCGCCCCAGCUUCAAAGCCCCUCAGUUCCAAUAUCUCAACCAGCUCCACCUUGUUCCACACAAGAUCAAGUUGAACAAGCACUAAACAAUGCAUUUCUGGAUAGCCUUGCUCAAUCUAGGCCAAACUUAUUGAUAAACAAAAGCAUAAGCAAGCCCUCUAGUAACACAAAUAUGGAUGUUAUUCCUAGUAUAAAUUUAACACCAUCCAAUCGCAAAUCUAAGAAACGAAAGCAACCUCCUAAAGUUAGUGUGACAGUGCAACCUCAAGCUCCGCCACCUCAACAGGCUCAGCCAAUACCUGGACAAUCUACAUCAGUAUCAUCUUCAAGUAUUGGACCCAAUAGACUAUCAAGUCCAAUAUUAAAUCACAAGGUCGCAAGCAGUGAAAGUGCAAUUAAAGUAUCUAACAUUGUGGGACCAAUAUCUUCAUCUGUGCAAAAUACUGAACCAAGCCGGACUACAACUCUUCCGUCCUUUUUUGUUUCAAGCCCUAAUUUUACUGUUGUCCCUAAAAACAGUACUACUGCAUUAGUAGGAGUGAACGUAGCAUCAGGUCAGAUGCCUCAAUUACCAGCGUCAGUGUUGCCAUCAUUAACAUCCAACAUCACGCCAUCUACGGCCUCUAGUCAGAUUGGUGUUGUGAGCAACAGUGCAAUCAAAGUGGUGUCCUCUUCAGAAAGUGUUCCUUUUGUGAAUAAUACUGCAACAAGUGUUAAUACAACACGGCUAAAUCACAUCAGUACAACUGCUUCAUCGAACUCAACAACUGUGAACUGUGUUCGUGUAAAUAGCACUACUUCAAAUAGUGCUAUUAGUGCGUCAGUGCCUCCAAAUCUUAUUCCUAUUCCUACCAAUAGUCCAUCAGUUGGUGCCCCUGUCUCAAUUACUUCUUCAAAUCAACUGAGCAGUGUAUCUCAAACUCCCAGUGGUACACAGCCAAUUCCUCAACAAGCAUUUCAACGCGUUCAGGCCAUUCAACUGACUGCAGCUAAACAGCAGCAAAUAAAAACAAUACAGCAGCAGCUUACUAUGCUGAACAGCAAAAAGGACAAGACAUCUAGCGAUGAAGAUAAAAUUCAGAAACUGUUAUCUGAGAAACAAAAAAUAAUUCAUAGUGGGAAAGUAGUCACAGAUCCAGUGCAGUUAGCACAGUAUAUCGGAAGUGGCUUGGACCCUGUUGUGGAAGGUUCUUUUAAAAUUUCUUCAAAUCAUAUUAAUUCAUCAUCUUCUAAAAUCCAAGCCAAUGCCUCAUUCACUGUCAAUGUUUCUCCAACUGUAAAUCCAGUGACUACUACUGCCUCCACAACUGGAGUGACUACAUCAUCAUCUGUUCGCUAUUAUCAUCAUGUCGGCAACCAAGUGAUAACUCUCACACCUCAGCAGCAGCCGCAGCAGCAGCAGUCUCAACAGCAAACUCACCAGCAGUCUCAACAGCAGUCUCAACAGCAGCCUCAACAACAGCCUCAACAACAGCCUCAACAACAGCCUCAACAACAGCCUCAACAACAACCUGCACAUCAACCUCAACAACAACAGCAAACAGCACAGAUGCAACAGCUACAGCUGCAACAAACAUCUACUCAGCAGGUGCCACCUCUACAAGCUCCAUCUCCUCAAACUUCCUUGGGCGUUCAAAUUCAAGGGCAGCAGCAGUUUAAAACAAGUAAACAAGACCAACAGCGACCAGCUGGGGAUUCACAGAGACCCCAAUCUGAGCAAUCUCGGGACUCAAAGACAUAUCAGCCUCAACAAGCAUUCCAAACAACCCAGCAACAUUUCAAUCAGUUUUCUCAGGACAUCGAAUCGCAAGUCCAAUCAUGUAUUAACAGUUUGGAUAAUUCAUUCUUAGAUAUUCAGUCUGAGUCCCAAAUUAUCCAACAACUUCAGCAAUCACCUGCUUCUCCGCUCAAUCAAACAAAGCUGUUGUCACCUUGUCAGCCAUCUCAGACUUCUCCAAUUCUACCAGUUCUUGAAGCUUCUUCUCAGCCAUCUCAACAUUUAAGAGUUCCUCUACUACAAGUUCACCAGACAGGAAUGUCAAUGCCUUCAUUGCAUUCUCCACAACUACCUGCAGCUCAAGUACAACAAGGGCUGUCAUCACCUCAACCUCAACUGACUGCUUCACAAGUUCAAUCUCCUCAACUAAAUAGAUCUCAGGGAUUGCUUGUGACGCAACAACCUUCACCAUCUCAAAAUUCUCUGGCUGUGCCAGUAAGGAAUGAUGCUGGGAAUACCGAAAAAAUAUCUCCUACUUUUGGCCCAAAUAGUCUUUGUGAUGGAGCUCACUAUCAAACAUCAAUUCCUUUGUGUGAGCGAGGAACGUCUCCAAUUCAUGUGGUCUUAAAUACUCCAGAUUCCACUACAUCCCCACCGCAAAAUGCAACGUUUAGCCCUCAUUUUCGACCGUUAUCAGUAUCUGUUGGAUGUGUGAAAUCUAGUUUGAGGUCAACAGUUUCUCCCAAACUACCGGUUCUUCACUCUCCUGCCUCUAUAUGCGCACCAUCACCAGCCUCUGUAAUCUCAACACAAUCUCCCUCAUCCCUUUCAGCUCAGUCACCAGCUCUUUCCUCUUUUUCUUGCCCGGGUCCCAUGGACCCUAUCUUGAUUUCACCUCCCCUUUUAUCUCUCAAAAGCCGAGUUGCUUCUCGGGUUAUAAUGAUUGAGCAGCAAAUGAAAGAAGACCAAGAAAGUGCGCAAAUGCCAGAUACACAUGCACCCUUCGUAGGGAAGAGUGAUGCUGUUCAACGGCUUAUGAGUUAUCAUGUUUUCAAUGAAAAGCUUCUUAGUCAACAAGAUCUUGAGAAAGCUGAUGAAAUUCAUGAGCACACCGCUCAACAUUUACUCGACAAAUUUUCUAACAUCACCAACAAAUUUCGAAGCCUAAUGCUUGCUGAGAGUAUGCGGGAGGUGAGUCUAGCAGAAGUGGUCAUGAUUGAUAGACUGAGAAAUGCUGAAGAAGAGUUUCUUACCAAAGCAGCCAAACAGGCUAAAGAAGACGCAGAGGAAAUUAUGGCUGCUGAAGCAGCUGCUGUGAAGGAAGCCCAAGCUGCAGCUCAACAGGCUGCUAAGGUUGAGGAAGCAGUAGCCGCAGAGGUAGCAGAGGCAGUCGCUACUGUUGCUGAUGGAGCUGUUGUUUCAAUAAAUGAUGUGGAGGCAGAUCUUUGUGGAGUAAAGACUGAAUUAAGAUCAGAAAUUUUGGACGAAAUUGCUGGGGACUCUCCUAACCUACAAGAUGAGGUUCGAAUUGCUAAGACUGAGGCUCUCAAAUUAGAAGCAAUAAAAUGUGAGAAAUCUGGUGAUGGUAAUGAAGAGUACAAUGAAUGGGAAGCUAUCAAACAAGAAUUGGGUUAUAGACCUCCUGAAAAUAGUGAUGAAAACAAUGUUGUGUCCACAAAUUAUGGAGAGUGGGAAUUAAGUCCAUCAUUUUGUCCUCCAAAAGAGGAAGAGGAAAGUCCAGACCGAAUCAAAAACCAACACAAACGGUGUACUGUUUCUAAUGUAAAUGGUGAAAUGGAUGAUUUCCUGUGCCCCAAAAAGAAACUUAGAAUAUAUGAAGAUAUUGAUGAAUUAGGUGAUACAGAGCUUAGUGCUCAAGUACAGAGUGCAAUAGAUAGCAUAAUUAAUCUUCAGUUGCCACAGUUACCAUCAUCACCAGAACUUCUUGCCUCUCUCCAUGAUCAUGAAGAUGACACCCCAAACCUAAUAUAUAGUUCCUCUUUAUCUACUCCAUGCCACCAACAUGGUCAUAACCAGAACAAUCCCCUUGUUUCUAGCAAUAAUCCUCACAAUAUUCAAAAUAGUCAUAAUUCUAGUUCUACUUCCAAUACCGACUCUGCUUUGGAUGAGGCUGUUCGAAGUAUUUUAACAUCUUGACUCAACAUGACCUUUAUUUUUGAGGAGAAUGGAUUGGCUGGAAGCUCAUCUGUUUUUUUGUAGUUAUAGUUUAAAUUGUUACUUAAAUGAUGUUACCUUGGAUUUGGACAUGUUGGCGUUGUUUAAGGUUCUUUGUUUGUUGUCUCAUUGCUCAUGAGAAAAAGAUGGCCUCACUUUAGGAAAAAAGUAAUACAUAAUAAUUUUAAGAACACUAUUGUCUACCAAGUCAAUGGUUACCUAUGUAAAUCAAUUGUUAAACAUUUUUAAAAAAAUCUUGUUGUGGGUGAUUUUUUAUUGUUUUGAAUAACGGUGCUUUGAAUAUGUGAAUGACAUUCUUUCUUUUGAUCUUGAAAGUCAUGAAAUUUGCCUAACUCGUAGUGGGGAUUUUACCUAUGUUUUACGAUAUUUAUUUGAUGCAACAAACUGAAUUACUUUAAAAGGUGAAUGUUGUUUUACAACAGAAAAGAGAGGAACAAACUCUCAUAUUCAAAGCUAGGUGUAUUAGUCAUAUAGGUAUUAUGUACCUGUUUUGGAAUUAAUUCGUAUCUUUUAGGCUGGGAAGGUCAUAUUGGUCUUACUUGUUGCACGUAAGGUCUUGUAUAUUACUGUAUUAUAUUGUAAAGUUAAUUUAUACUAGUGAUAAUUUUUUUUUUUCGGAAUGCAGGGAAGUAAUUUUAACAUGUUCGGUGAUUUUUAUUUGCUACACAAACAAUGUCCACCGAGAGGCUACCUGUUGUAUGUUGGUUUGUUUAUUAGCUUCCAUCAUGUUUAUUUUGUUAUCACAUAUUCUGUUCAGUUUUCCUUGUUAUGGAAUUUUAAUCACAUGUAACUACAUCACCAUCCGUACUUGUCAUUUUUGUAUUUUAUUUUUAUUGGUGUUUUUUUUUUCUGUGGUCAUUUUCUCAAAUGGCAUCAGGAAUGUCUUGUGAUUUGUAUUGUGUUCUGUGUAAUCAGACUUCAAGUUGUUAAUGUAGUAUGAAAUAUUUUCAUGCUUUGCUUACUUUCCUGUAGUAGGAAUAUUAGUCCUUCUUUGCUCCAAGCAAAUUAUCGAGAACUUCUCCAAGAAUGCUGUUUAUUUGUUUUCUUCAAUCUUCCAAUGUAAUUGUUUUGAUUUUGUUUUUUGAAUUUCAUGCUUAUACCACUAAGUAUGAAGGUACAAGGGCUUUGAAAUUAGUUUGACUAAAAACAUAAGAUGUUUGAAUCUGAAAAGCACUUAGACUGAUUGUUCUAGAAUCAACUUCAAAAAUAUCUUUCAUUAACUCUUAAUUUUGUUACAUUAUAUCAGUUGUAGUUGUGUCUUGAUUGAUUUAUGGAAGUAGAGGUAGAGUCUGAACCAUUUCAACUGACAAUUUCUCAUUUAUGAAGUUUUGACUUCCAUAUGCAACUCUGUGUUAAAGUUUGAACCACACAGGUACAGUUUGUUCAAGUACCGUAUGGGGCAUAGUAAUGUAAUAGUCAACUCCAAACACAUUCAAUUCAUGGCUGAGCAAUUCUUUUCCUUUGCCAACAAUCCAAUUUUAAUAUCUAAAACGCCGAUCCGGUAAUGUGCAUGAAAGGUAACAGAUGUACAACGCAUUUAUGCACAUUAAAUGUGUCUAAAAUGUGCUACUGUAUAAGCUCGGUUCAGCGUCAUCGCAUAUAGUGUCACUCCGCUUUUAGGGUCGGUUUUUCCUAGUAACUGAUGUAGAAAUCGCUAACAAAUUGCGCCGCAUUUAGCGUCUAUCUGCAUUUAGCGUCGUUUUUCUCGAGCAACAUUCACUAACGCUAAAUUGAGCUCAUACUCGUACCUCUUAUGCACAUUCUUACGGGUAUUGAUGCAUUCAAUGUACAUUUAUGUGCAUUUGCUUAACCAGGCGAACUGUAUUAAGCAUCACACUUGUAACUUUUAAAGUUUCCACUCUUAAAAAAUGUGUAACAAAGUGUUUGUCAAUAAGGGACAUGCUGUAAUUGAAAAUUCUUGCAAUUCAUGUGGAAGUUUUCAAAUUGUAGGAUAAGCAGUCAUUGUAUGCUAAGAAUAAUGAAUUGGUAAUUGCGUAAUACUUUUGUUUCCACAUUAGUACUUUCAAGAGCUUAUAGAGCAUCAAUAUUACUUUGAAACAAAUGAGUUAACUAUGGUUCCAUUGUGAAUUGAGAUUGUGUUGUAUCUGAGCUUUUUGAGUAUGCACUUGAGUUGUUCAUCUAUCAUUGUUUCUUUCUUCAGCACCAAUAAUUCUUUAGGCUAGUUAUGGCCUGAUUCUUUCAAGUUAGGUGGUAUAGUGAAGAUACGCUGAUUUUCCCUGAAAACUGAUUAAUAUCGCACCUUGUAAAACUAAUUUCACAAUGUUGAAGCCCUUGAACCUGUCAAGCAUGAACCCCUUCUCCUUUUUUGCCCCUUUCUUUUCUUCUUAUCUUCUUUCUAUUGUUUUGAUUUUUUUUACAAUUUACUGUAGCAUCAUCAGUAAGACCUGCUUAAUUUGGAGCAGAUUGUAGAAUGAUAAUUGCUGUGCUGUUAAUCAGGAAAUUAAUUGCUCAAGACUGAUUGUGCCUGUGUAAGCAGGACAUUCCUCGCACUCAUGCAUAAUAAAUUUUCAAGACUUAAUUUUAUGAUUUUAAGGCAGUACCGAAAACUUUUGACCAUGCCAGACUUAUACGAGAUUCUAAGACAACUAAGUUAUUUUUUAAUGAAGGCAAUGCAAGUCUCUUGCAGAAAUAUAAGGUUGUGAAUGAUUGUUAAUGUCAGUGCUAUUUAAUGUGGAAUGAAUGUUAAUAUAUAGAUGCAUACUGUCAAUUACCAUGUUAGUGUUUGGGUUAUUUGACAUGAUGUACUUAAAGAAUGAGUAUGUGUGCUGAAUUUGAGAUCUCUAUAAUUGUAUAUGUAAAUUAUCAGAAAUGUACAAAUUGUCAUUUCCACAAAAUGACCUAGUAUUCUUUUUUAACAAAUGUAAAUUUGUGUAAUUUUUCAAUUAAAGUAUCAUCGUUGAUGAUAUUUACGUAA